UCGUGCAGCAAGGUUUCUUAACGCGUAGGGCAGAAAACCACAGCCCCGUCUAGAGAAAUUAAGAGGGACAAUAGAGGGGAUAAAAAAAAGUGUCAUUCUUAAAUUCUGUCGCUCACAUCCUGCUCCUCUUUGCAGUGGUGGAGGAGACGGAUAGCUAUAUCAGUUGAUAAAGUCGGAAGAGUAAGCCUUACAUAUUGUUGUGUCAGGUCGUUUCAUACUGUAUGCUGCACGGUUAGAGAGACGUGAAGCGGAUCAAGAGCGAAGUGCAACCAGACAAGAGAGAGGCAUCCGAUGAACUCCAAACUGCUCUUAACUGGGUCAUCACAAUGGGACAAGGAGGGCUUUCCUGUAAAAGGUGAUCGCUCGUUCUGCAUGUGAAACUGGCGUGCAGAAUUGCGGCAGUUGUAUUUGAUUUUGCCAACACAAGGACUUCGCCGUCUUUUUGAGGAUCAGAAAAUAGGAAACAUAAGACUGUCUUGUUUUCUUUCAACUAGUCUAGGCUGUUUUGACUCUUUUACCAAUUGCUGUAGCACGGUGAGAUGGAUUUAUUUCUGAUGGAUGUUACGUUUUUAGAUUGAGUUGCUAAACAUUUUGAAGUAAAAAAAAAAGUAGAUAUUGCAUAUGCAAACACAUACAGUUAUUUCAACUGUAUUUAUUGACGUGGAUUUAUUUGACUUUUUUAAUUACAUGUAAUCUUACCUGGAUAAUCUUACCUGGUCCUGUGAUAAUUUUAGUAAUAUACGUAGUGUAAAAGCGCUGGCUCUUUUGUUUCUGAGCUAAUGGACUACUUUAUCAUUAUUGACAAAUCAUGUUGCCAUGUAUAAAGCGUAUUUCAUUGAACAGCGGAGAACUGAGGAGAUCAUGAGUGGUAAUUGGAUUUAGUUUCUCCAUUUUUUUUCUAUUGGAAGGCAUGUCAAUACGUGUUCGUUUUGAGUUCACCCGAGAAGGAAGAAUUCUCUAUACCAGAUGCAGCCGAUGCACUGCAAAGUUAUCGCGUUUAUUUCUUUUCUGUGUGGAUUUUGAAUAGCCUGGAAUUUCAACAGGAAAGGCUUGAUAUGAAUGGGGACGUCCUGGGGUCGAUCAGUGACUUCAGUCCAGAAAUUGAAAAUUUUAUGCUAUGGUUAUUGGUUUCGUAUUGAGGAGUAAAAGGGCGACUGUCUGUAGUCGAAACGAGGCUACUUUAAACAACACCGCCGCGUCGACUUGGCUACAUUCCUCUUUAUCAAAAAACGAGACAUCAGCAAAAGUUUAAGAAUCGAAUGCUGAUGAUAAUUGAUUGACGGCGUCUGUUGGGAUGAAUGGACGUUCAACGGACGAUUGGGGAUAUACAGUUUGUGUACAGAAGGAGAUAAACCCAAGCUAACGCGAAUCUUCAUAAAUUAAUGCUCACCACUCAUCUAUAAUGAGAACUGAGUGAGUUAAUACCUCCUGUAGACGCUAUACAGAACUAAACGGCUCUGCCGUGUAAUAUGGGAAAAUAAACUACUGGAAAUGUAUCUUAAUAGCCAUAUCGAUGCUGGGGUUACGGGAUAUACCCACGGAGAUCUCGCUACUAGGCAUGGUAUCCACCUUUAGAGGUAGAAGCCAGUGAAGAAUCUUCAGUACACUUUACAAUACGAUUCAGCGGUGGGGACGUUUCUUAAAGAGCUCGGCUAGGGAGCCGCUAUUUCUCCUAUGCAACCUACACAUGAGCGAUGCACCCUUGGCUUGCGCUGCUUUCUGUUGCAAAAGGUGAGCGCCAGUGCAUGAUUCUUGCGUUCCCGUCACCUUCCCUGUCGCUCUCGUCAAAGACAAGGCGGCGUUCUGAUGUGCUCAGCUAUAGCCGCCCUGCAUCGGAGAUUGACAAUCCACUCGAAGAACUCGUAAUAACACUAUCAUAGUGGAAUCCAUCAGAAGAGAGAGAGAGAGAGAGAGAGAGAGAGAGAGAGAGAGAGAGAGAGAGAGGAGCCAGAAAAGCGGAGAGGGAGGGGAAAAUAGCAACCUGCUCCUCUCCGUGAGACGAGUCCCUAAGAAAUGCAACCACGUUCUUUAAAUGCACCUCUUCUGCAAAGUAUGCAGAGGGCACCUCAUUGCAGCACACAAUUGAGAGCUGAAGCAGGACUUGCUUGAAUAAUACCCAUGGAAAGCACCUCACACAGUAAGAUUUACACCUAGCUCCUCACAGAGCGAACCCUAACCACCACCCAACCAUCACCACGUCACCCUGACCCGCUGUCUGUAUGUAGCUGCCUGGUCUCCAAACCCUCUGCCAGCCUUAGACACUCAGCAAACAGAUAGAGUUUCACAGACUGGCUGUACCAUGGAGAGGCUGAUCCUAUACCUGCUGAUGCUCAGCAUAUCAGUAAGGGCACAGGUGUGCCCCAAGCGGUGCAUGUGCCAGAACCUUUCCCCCUCCCUCGCCAUCCUCUGUGCCCGGACUGGGCUUCUCUUUGUGCCAACGGUAAUCGACAGACGGACAGUAGAGCUGAGACUGACCGACAACUUCAUAACGGUGAUCCGGAGGAAAGACUUUGCCAAUAUGACCAGCCUGCUGCACUUGACACUCUCCAGGAAUACCAUUAGCCUGAUUAUGCCUUAUACCUUCUCCGACCUAAAAGGGCUUCGGGCUCUCCACUUGGACAGCAACCGGAUAACCGUUGUUGGAGACGACCACUUCCGAGGGCUGACCAAUUUGAGGCACCUGAUCCUCAGCAACAACCAGCUGGUUGACAUCUCGCCCAAUGCCUUUGACGAUUUCCUAGGUACCUUGGAAGAUCUAGACCUUUCCUACAACAAUCUGGUCCACAUCCCUUGGGAGACCAUUGGGAGGCUUAACAAUGUCAACACCCUAAACAUGGACCACAACUUGAUAGACUAUGUGCCCGAGGGGAUCUUCGCCAACUUGCACAAGCUCGCCCGGUUGGAUAUGACCUCCAACAAACUAAAAAAAAUCCCACCAGAUCCUCUCUUCCUGAGGAUCCCUGUCUAUGCCAAAUCUAAAGGUUCUCCUUUUACAUCUUUGGUUCUCAGUUUCGGUGGGAACCCGCUGCACUGUAACUGUGAGCUCCUCUGGCUCCGAAGACUAACCAGGGAGGACGACUUGGAGACGUGUGCCUCCCCUCCCGAUCUGAUGGCUAAAUACUUCUGGACCAUCCCCGAGGAGGAGUUCAUUUGUGACCCUCCGGUGAUCACAAGGAAAUCCCUCAAAACCUUUGUCAUGGAAGGGCAGGCUAUCAGCCUGAAAUGCAAAGCCAAUGGUGACCCUGAUCCCUCCAUCCACUGGGUGUCCCCUGAAGGUAAACUAAUUUCUAAUACCUCAAGGACGGUUUCCUAUGAUAACGGGAGUUUGGAUAUCAACAUUGCCACUGUGAAGGAUACUGGAGUUUUCACCUGCAUCGCUUCCAAUGCUGCUGGGGAAGCAACAGGCCCUGUGGAGCUAGUUGUGAACCCCCUUCCUCAUCUAGCCAAUAGUACUAGCCGGGUUCGGGAGACAGAACCGGGGCCUUCUGAUAUUCUCACCUCAGCCAAGUCCACCUCCUCCUCCUCCAGCAACGACACCAAGGUUCAGCAGGACAGGAAGGUAGUGCUGGUGGAACUUACCACCAACUCAGCACUCAUCAAAUGGCCCUCACAGCGCCAGGUCCCAGGGAUACGGAUGUACCAGGUCCAGUACAACAGCUCCACAGAUGACACCCUUGUUUACAGAAUGAUCCCUUCUACGAGCAAAGACUUCCUAGUGAAGGACCUCGUCUCGGGACGAGAGUACGAAUUGUGUGUGUUGGCAGUCUACGAGGACGGGAUAACGACACUUACAGCCACGCGAGUCGUGGGCUGCCUGCAGUUCACCACCGAACAGGAGUACAGCCAUUGCCAGUCCAUGCACACUCAGUUUCUAGGUGGGACCAUGAUCAUCAUCAUUGGAGGCAUUAUAGUGGCUUCAGUCCUGGUCUUCAUCAUCAUUCUGAUGAUCCGUUACAAGGUGUCCAACAUCAAUGGGGAAUCCUCAAAGGCUGGAGUCAAUAAUGUCUGCUCCCAGACCAACGGAGGCCAAGCGGGGCAGGUCACCAGGUCUACCUCCAAAGGAACAGAGAGCCAGGACGAGCAAGUACAAGCCUCCUCUGGAAGCGUCGGCGGGGGUGUUGGAGGAUGUGUCAGCGAUUUGAUGGUGCGGGACUCAAACACAGUGGCCCUGGUAGUGGAAUGCGAAAAGGUCACCCAAAUCUCAGAAAUGACCGCUGAGGACAUAAUAGUGCCCGCGCAGAGACGGAAAUCAAGGACUAGUGCAGAGCUAAUUCACCAGACCUCUUUGUCUUCAAAGGAAGUGAGGUGUACCAGUGAAGGAUUGGGAGAUCCCCAGACAGCUCAGGUAGGGGAAGAAAGGAAGAGUCCCCGGGACUGGAGUGAUUUUAAAAUUUGAUGACUUCUUCUGCAACACCAGGAAAACAGCCAUCAAUCUAAAGAAACAUUCCAAGUCGUCUUGUACUACUGGAAUCGGCAAGCUGACUCGUAGGGAACGUUUUUAUACCUCCAGCUGGACUUUCCAUUCUUUUCCCAUCCAAGAAUUGUCCCACCCUUGAGAACUUCUAAAACGACUGCUUUCCCACUUAAUAUAUCUAUCCUUUUUGUCACCACUGACUUUUAAAAACCAACAGGCUUUUAUAUUCGCUGCAUAGGGUUCUGACUUGCUGUAUACCCCACACUGCACAAGAGAAGAAGUUACUUCGGCCACUGAAUCCACCAGAUUAUUAAAAGAACAACCAGCUGUCCACAACACACAUUGUUUUCAUUAGCAAGGGACUCAUGUAGACCAUAAUCUGCCGAGGUCUUUUCUCCAUUGUAUGCUUCUUGCUUUAUGAAAACAGAAAACAUGGAUGCCAAAUCUUUUCAAACACAAAACAAAAAAUGGACUUUAUUGCCACUUUAUCUCUCUGCUAUCUUGACACAUGAAGAACUGAUUUGAAGUGUGGACUGAUUCCCACUGCACACUGACUAGAGCUCUCAGUAACUGCUUCAUUUCUCUCUUUAGCUUCCACAACGCAUGAGUUUUUGUAUCUGUACAUACCUGUGUUUCAAAUCUUAUAGUUUUGUACAUGUAAUUUUUUUAUGGUGU